AACAUAACAUAUAAAUAAUAAUAAUAUAUAGUCAAAUAUAUAUAUACUUACCACACCGUAAAACGUAAAAAUAAUCUAACAAUAAUCUAAACCAGUUUAAUUAAAUCUAAAAAGUGUCAAAUUAUUAUUAUUAAAUCCUCAUAAACUCUACCAAGCUGAAAUGAAGUAGUGUUGUUUUCAGUGGACACCAGAAGGGGGCGUGGUUUGCCCAUAUACUGCGUCUAUGUAGAAACUCGAAUCAGCUGGCACUGGAGAAUCGAUUCCGCUGGUGAAAUGAACCGACUCCUUGGUGACUCGUUGACGUGUACUGGGUGGGCGUGGCUAUUUCAGCUUCCUUGUUGAUACAGAGAGGAGAGAGGAGCUGAACGGUCUGAUAUCAUAAAAUAACACUCACAUUUCUGCAGGGCUUUCUCUGCAGCAGGAGAAACGCGCAGAUGAAUCGAUGAACCGAUGAAUCGAUUAGGCGAGGCUGGAUGUCGGUGGUGCUGGGGGGCGCUGGAUCUGCUGGGGUGAUGUCCAGGCCUGCAGCAGCUGGAGGAGCAACAUCAUCAUCAUCAUCCAGCAUCUCUGUUCUCCAGCAGCUCCUCCAGACCAGGAUUCACCUGGAAAAUAGAAGAUCCUGGAAGAUCCUGCAGAGUUUCUGAUGCUGGUUGUGGAUAAUCGGGAAAAUGACGAGCGGAAAAUCGGACAUCACCGACACAUCCUGCGGAACCGCCACUGAAGAGGAUCCAGGUGAGACGUCCCAGGCGUCUGAGUCCGCAGCGCCCGCUUGUGGAGACUGCAGUAAGCUCUCCUCCCUCAGUAAACAGCGGCGCGCAAACGCCGGAGACAAGCCGCACAGGUGUCUCACCUGCGACAGGUGUGUCUCCACCUCAUCCAACCUGGCGACGCCCAAGCGCCCGCACGCAGGAGAGAAACCGCACACCUGCGUGACCUGCAACAAGACCUUCAUCUCCUCCACACACCUGUCCCUGCACCUGCGCACACACGCCGGCGAGAGGAGGUACAAAUGCAGCGUCUGCAACAAGGUGUUCACUCAGCCCGCACACCUGAUGCGCCACAAGGCCAUCCACACAGGUGAGAAACCGUUCAGAUGUCCGGACUGUGGGAAGAGCUUCGGCCGCGCCUCUCACCUGAAGACCCACCAGCGGCUCCACACCGGAGAGAAGCCCUUCAAAUGCACACUGUGUGAACGAGCGUUUACCCAGAAGGCCGGGCUCAUCAUGCACCUGCGCCAACACACAGGUGAGCGUCCCUUCAAGUGUGAGAAGUGUGGGAAAGGUUUCCGGAGCUCCGCCCACCUGCUGUCCCAUCAGGCCCUGGAGUCAGGUGAGGGAAGACACACCUGUGCACAGUGCAGCGAAAGCUUUAAGUCGGUGUCGCUGCUGCGGCAGCACGAGAAGAGCCACCAGGGCGGCGCCGUGGAGGCGCUCUGCUGCAGCGUCUGCUCGGACACCUUCCCCUGCUCCCCCUACCUGCGGCUCAAGCUCCGCCUCCACCCCGCAGAGUGCAUCUACCACUGCAGAGUGUGCAACAGGAUGUUCGACAAGAUGUCCGUCUUCGAGAAGCACUGCGAGAAACACCAGAAACAGCAGGAGGAGGAAGAGGAGGAGGAGGACGAGGGCGGGAAGGAGGAUGGCGGUGAAGACCCUCCGUUUCUGCCCCAUACAGCGACUUUCUCCGCCGGGUACUCAUCCGAGGUGAACACUCGCUCCAAAACCAGAGCCCUCAGUAGACUCGAGGCUUCAAGCUGACUUGUGUUUUUAUGCACUCGGCACUUAAAGCAUUUUAGCCUUAAAGGGGACAUAUUAUGCAAAAAUCACUUUUUUUUUAAAUUUCACUUGGGUCUCAUCUGCACCUAUAAACACUCCAAUCACUAAAAAAAAAUCCUUCCAUCUGAUUUUGACCUCACAGUGGAGAAACACCAUUUCAUUCUGCUGCUUCAGAACCACAGACACGGUACACAGCUUACACGGAUUAGCCAACAGACUUCUUCUGAUGGAGGGAUCUGUACCUACUGUCUGCAGCAGCAGCUUAUUGGUGUAAAAGUGACAGAGCCUUUAAAUGGCUCAUUCUGAAACUGAUAAGCGACUGAAUUGGUAAGAAUAGAGCUGGUGAGAUUUCUUUAUCUUUAUGUGAUAGUGAUUUCUUGUAAAGAACUUCAUGAACGUGUUUUUUUAUAGAAUAUAGAUCUAUUCUAACUUGUGUAAAAAUAUAAAAGUAUCAUAUUCGCGAGCUUCAUAUUCGCGAGGAGAGAAUGGAAUUUAUAUUAUUCCUACCCCAGGCUGGAAUGCUGCUACUGCACUAUGGAACUUGGUGGAGCUGCAUUGUUGGAAUGGAAUAAAUCUUUAAAUGUGUAAAUGUAUUUGUGAUAUAUAUGUAAGUGAUAUCAGAUGUUACAAAAUUAAUGUGUACAUCAUGUUUUUUAAAAAUGGCUCAAAGUGCAAAUAUUAUCUUCAAACUGUAGAGGAAGCCGUGAGCAAGGUAUACCAAUUCUCACAUAAGCUCUAUUUGGAUGGGAUUUGUUUCUCAGGGGGUUCAGGGGUAAUUUUCUCUUUUAUGGGGGGGUUUUAUCCUCUCUGAUUUUAUUCCCGUCCAGAACAAUCAUGUACAUGUUUUUCUUAGACGUCCUCUGAGAAAAUUACAGGCUCGCCUUUAAUAAAAUAGCUAUUUGUCCACUGCCGCACACCGUAAUUACACUUUGGGCACAUGUUUCCAUGAAGAUCCACGUAAAAACACAACAGUGAGUGAAAAUGGAGGAGUUACUGAACGUUACUGAUGUCACGUGACCGAGAAAAAAAAGCCUGAAAACUCACUGGUCCUCCUGUUUUUUCAAUUGCAGUCCGGAUGCAGGAGUUUUAUCACUGAGUAGAAGAGUGAAAUAUUUUUCACAGAUGUCCCCCUAAGAAACUAAUCCCGUCCAGAUAGGGCUGAAGUGCUGCUUUAAUAUUUGUCAUUGCACUACAUUUCCACUACGUUGUUUAUAAGAUUGCAAUCACCUUAAACAAUCAUCAUAAACCAAUAAGUCUUAUGAUUCUUUUAUCCCAGUUUGAGGAUGGUGUUGAGUAUCAAACCUUCUACGUGUAGUAUUUUCUUCUAUGUUCGUUGCACCUUUAUUUAAGUAUUUAAGUGUAUAUUUAUAUUGCUGUUUUGCAUUUUCUGAUUGGGUUUCUGAUUAAAUUAAACCAUUAAUCCAAACAAUUCACAGUAUUUCUACAGUGAAUCAGCUGAAGAACACUAACAGUAUAUCUUCAAGUAACUGUUUUACUAUAUUACUGGUUGUCUUUACUGUACAUCACAUAAAAGAGCUUCUGUUAUUGAUAAACAUGCAUAUUGCUUUAAA